AGCUGAAAGCCCCUGUGAACUUCCUCACUUGUACUGUGCAACUCUCUCUCUCCUGACGCUCAGCUGAAAAGACGAGUAGCGUUCCAUUCAUCUACCCAGUGAGCAAAAUAAGAAGAACAGACAAUGUGUUUACGUUCCUCUGUGUAAUGGAAUAAUAUAUUUGAAUGACCUGUAACUUUUAUAACCGACAAACCACCAAGUGUCAAGAUGUCUUUUGUUGAAGUUGAUGAAAAAAACAUUCUGCCGGAGUCCAUCACAGGCAGCAGGACACCACCCACAUGUUGCAGUGUGGAAACAGUAAAGCAGGAGGAUUGCCAUGGUAGUAGCAUGGUGAAAGAACAGCAGAAGGAAGAUGUUUAUCAAGGAAAGCUUAAAAGGAAUCAGAAGGCCAAAGGAAAACUAGUUCGUAGUGCAGCUGUGUGUGAUGAGGUUUUACCCAAUGAAUCAAUCAACAAGGUGUCUGAGGAUGAAAGUGCUCCGACAGCCAACAACAUGGCCUUUUCAGACUGUGAAGAGGAGCAAAAGGGAAAACACGAGUGUCUCACCCCCAAAAAAACAUUAUCCAAAGAACGAAGUGUGGAGUACACUGACUCUACAGGCAUUGAUCUGGAAAAGUUUCUGAUUACAACUUUAAAAAGCAGUCCCAGAGACAGACUAAUGCUGCUGAAACUGGAACAAGACAUGACUAACUUUAUGACAGACAACUGCUCAUAUAAGAAGUUUCCUCAGAUGUCGUCUUAUCAUCGGAUGCUGGUUCACAGAGUUGCAGCAUUUUUUGGGCUGGAACACAAUGUGGAUCACAGUGGAAAAUCCAUCAUUAUUAACAAAACCAGCAACUCCAGAAUACCAGAACAGCAAUUUGCUGAACAUGUCCAGGAGGAAAAAUCAGAGGAAAUGAUAUCAAUACUAAAGAGAGACAGCAGCCAAGAAAAAGAGGACAGUCAGCCUAGGACACCACGACUGAAGGAUCAAAUAAAGAGCAAGUCUUUUGAGGAAAGAGAAGAAGAAUAUCAUAGAGUCAGAGAACGCAUUUUUUCUCAGGAUGUAUCUGGUCCUGUCCAGAGUGUUUACAUUGAAACCAGAGGUCCAGAGGACUGCUGUAAUGUGCACAGUGAAGCUCAGCGAAAGAGGCAGCUCUUUAGGGGAAACAGAAGUAGUUCGAGCCAGCUCUCAAGUAGUAGACAGAGCAGUUUGGAGUCUAAUUGGAGUGACCCACGACCGUGGAGCAGCACAGACUCAGAGAGUUCUUUGUGGAGUUCCAAACCUACACUCUCCCAUUCAGAUAGCAACUCCAAACUCUACAAGCCAGUAGCAGUACCAGUAGCUGCAGAGUCCUCCAUACCUCCUGGGAGUAUUCUACUAAAUCCACUUACAGGGCAGCCUUAUCGAAAUCCUGAUGGUACUCCAGCAGUUUACAAUCCACCAGGAAGUCAGCAGUCAAUGAACAGUCAGAUAAACACAAUGCAGCAUCAGGCCCCGCUCCCAACCCACCAACAACCAGCAACAAGCCACUGCCUUCCACAGUACUCUUCUGUAACAUACGCUCCACCACAGCAGGUGAUACCAGUCUCUCCUUCACAGCUCAACCCACUAGAACAAAGUGGGGAGGAUUUUUUACCUCAGUUUGGUCAAAUGACACUGAACCACCAGUCUUCAGGUGACCCAUCAGAUCUGUCCACCUACUACCUGCACGGAUCAGCACCCACACACAACUAUAUGCAACCCCAGCACAAUUAUACCCCUUAUUUCACAGCAGACAGCUAUAUGAACACAGGAAUGGCACUGACUCCGCUGUCCGCCCCGCCUGCACAAACCUGUACCCAGCAUAACACUCAGGCAUCCAUGUAUUGUUACCCUGCUCAGUGUGCCAACACAACCCAACAAUAUGGACCAGCCAGUUACAGCACUCAGACAGGAUAUGCUACCCUGUUAAGCAAUCAGCAGCAAGCUUACCCUGGCAUGGUGGCUACUCAGGUGUUACCACCAACACAGAAAAGCAUAAUGGGCUCCUGCCCUUCCACAGCCUCCUAUCAGAUGGCACCCCAAAUGCAGUCCUCCUACCCCUCUACAGUGCUGGUAUCCAGACAGGCUGGGCAGAACCAGAGUGCAGUGCCACCAGCUGGUGUAACAGUGUACUGCAACCCUCUGUCCUCUUCCCCUUCCCCUUUAAGUGUAGGUGUCACCUGCCAGUCAGGCAGCUGCAGAAGCAAUAUUAACCAGAACCAAUGCUGGUACUAACACACAAACACAUACACCUUACAUACCCCGUUACCACAAGCUAAGCGCUGGUGCUAAUGACAUUGCUGAUUUGAGUUUCCACCAUAUCUUUGAAAAAAUACAGACAACCAUGGAGAAUUUUAUUUCUGGAAUAUUUUUCCAUGCAAAAUUAAUUUGAUUUUAAUUUUGCUUUCAAUAAAGUUUUGCCAUAU